CACUCACUCACUGUGAGUGUGACUUACACGCACGCUGUGUGUCUGCUCCAACUUUUAGGGUUACAACUUGACGUUUACCCGUUAUAAUUGUUUAUAUAUUGUUUUUACACAUUUAACUUUGUUUUGACCUUGGUUUUUGACCAAGUUGACCCAUUUAAUAAAUAGGACAGUGACCAGUUCAACCUCAGUUUAAAUAUACGACUACAUUAAAAUGUGCUUUGUUACGUGUCAGCAAUGAAACUAAUGCACAGAGUUGAUCUGGAGCUGUCGUGAUUGGACUGCUAUGCUGAAAUCUGAGUCGGCCUCAAACCUGGUGUGGGCAGGAUGGCAGCGGAGCAGGAGGUUGCCGGCAGGUCCGAAGUUGCGAUCUCCAUUGUGCAGCAGAUGCUGGCCUCUGGCACCGGGGCGGUCCUCGCAUCUUUAUGUGUCUUACCUCUGGACGUUGUGAAGGUUCGUCUGCAGACUCAACAAACGUUGUCCCAACAAGCCAGUGCCUCUGCUCCCUCACGCUGCGCUGUCUAUCCGUCCAAAUGGAAGUGUUUCGUUCACUGUAACGGACUCUUGAAUCACAUCUACGUCAGUCAGAACGCGACCAGCUGCACCAGGUGGUACAACACGCCAACGCAUUUCAGUGGGACACUGGACGCUUUUGUAAAAAUCAUUCGACAUGAAGGACUCACAUCUCUGUGGAGCGGGCUACCACCAACCCUUGUGAUGGCCGUACCUGCCACUGUCGUCUACUUCACCUGCUACGAUCAGCUGAAAGACCUCCUGACGUCCGGUUUGGGUCUCCAGGGCAGCCACACCCCUCUCCUCGCUGGUGCUACGGCGAGGCUGACAGUAGCGACGGUGGUCAGUCCUCUUGAGUUGAUCAGGACUAAGAUGCAGUCGCAGCGCUUGUCCUACAGUGAGCUGCGGGUGGCGCUGCGCUCCGCUCUGGCCCAGGACGGCCCUCGGUGUCUGUGGAGAGGCUGGUCUGCCACCACACUCCGAGAUGUUCCCUUCUCUGCUGUUUACUGGUUUAACUAUGAACUGGUGAAGGCUCAUUUAUGUGAACGGGCAGGGGAACCUCAGGCCUCCUUCAGAAUCAGCUUCUUGGCAGGAGCCAUUUCUGGAUCUAUUGCCGCCUUCCUGACGAUGCCGUUUGACGUGGUGAAGACUCGGAGACAGAUCCAGCUGGGAGACGUGGACUUACGGGAAGUUUUCUCAAAGAAAACCACAGCGUUGUCCACGUGGCGCACGAUGAAGAAGAUCCGGGCUGAGUUGGGCUACAGAGGCCUGUUUGCAGGUCUCUUACCCAGGGUGAUCAGGGUGGCGCCAGCCUGUGCCAUCAUGAUCAGCACAUAUGAGUUUGGGAAGACUUUCUUCCAGGAGUGGAACAUGAAUCGAGAGUGCCUGGCGCCCUGAAGGUUGAUCGUGCAGUGCUGCAUGUUUCCCAGAUGCAUAUAGGACACAUUUCUUUUCAGCUGCCUCAGCUGCCUCACACCAAAAUACGUACUCAGUUUUACUAUUUAUUUAAAAAAUUUUGUUUAUUUAGGGGGUAAAAUUUAAGUAAAUUAUGAAUGUAGGGUUUAUCAGUUUGCAUAUAUUUUUUAAAACAAAUCAUGUUGCGUCACUUAAUGUACCUUAAACUUCAAGCCUGGACACUGAGGGACUCACUGACGACCAAGCCUGUCACCGCAUACAUUUUCCAAAUCGUGAUAAAUGUCAUGAAUUCAUUCCUGACUGAUGUUUUUUUUUUGCUCGUUACUGAAAGUUGAAGGAACCAGUGAACUGCGCCGUUAGCCAGAUAUUUUGCACAAUCUCCACAUGAAGUGUCAAAAAUGCUGUCGACCCCUUUCUUUAAAUGGGUUAUAAUGCGAUCGUAUUGCGAUAAUUAAUCAAUUAAUUAAUGUGAAUUCUGGCCACCAGCCUCACUGAGGUGUCCAUGAUGAUAUUUGUGCUUGAAGGGACCUGGAUCCCACAGUCUGGGGAUCAAUAGCCCCCUUUUUUUUCCCCACCACAGGAACUUUUCUCGUUUACCCGGGAUUUUUGAAAAACCUCCACAUGUUUACACUGCAAUUAUCCAGGGCAAAGAAGCAUCUACUCGCAACCCAGGACUUUAGAGGGGCGGGACUAUGUGCUGAAGAACACAUUUUACAGCUGUUUAAGCCGACUGUUAACACUUUCAUGAUGUCGUGCUUGUUUGGCGCUUCAACUCCUUUUUUAAUGCCACCUACUGGACUGAAGUAGUAGUGCACUUUCCUAUACGAUUCCUCCGUAUGUCAUCAGCCUGAUUUUUUUAAUACAUUUUCCUUAACUUUGAGGUGCGGUUGGAAACGCAAAACCACACAGAUUAGCAGGAAUUAUGUGUAGUUCUGAAGUUCUGAUAAUUACACUGAAGCCACUCGAGGGUGAGGAUUGCUAAAGCUUGGUAUGAAAUUUUUUUUUUGUUUUUACAUCUGCACUGUUGCAUGCAUGCAAAAGGAAAUGUCGCCAUACCCGUGUUUUCCGCAUGGCCUGAUAUCACUUGCAUGACACGCAGCUGAGAGAAUAAGCUAGUCGCCGCACUACAAUCGCUGUAUCGACUUUAAUCAGGAUGUUAAAAUUCCUGUAAAGUUCUUGAACAAAGAGUUUCUCCUUCAACACAGAAAAAUGUGCUAAUAACCACUUUGCCAAAUUUGAAUGAGUGGAAAAAAAAAGUUGCCAACCCGGGACCAAAGUCUGUGAACUUUGCUGUUUGGUCGCAACUAAGUCCACUAAAGUUUGUACGGAAUACUAACUUAAACGCUCUGGAGCGAUUUCACUGUUUCAGUUUAAUGACGCACUGUACACAAACCCUGUUUGUGCUGACUUUUGUUUCUUUAGUCUUUGUUUUCAACAUUGCCACGUAGACACAGAAAGAUAAAUAAAUAAACUGCUGAUUAAAAAAUGCUUAGGGUUGAGUUAUGACAAUAAUGAAUCCACUGCGUCGCUGAGCCAGAUUUUUAGACCAAGGAAGCGGUCUAAAAUAAUAAUUAUAAUAAUAAUAAUAAUAAUGUAAAAUGAGAAUAGGAGAAACUCUGCGUUUGCUUUACAUGGACUUUUAAUGCACACGGGAAGUAUGGAAUUCAGAUUUGUGUCGAAUAUUACAUUAGAAUACACAAAUUGCAAAAAAAUAAAUAUCGAUUUAAUUGUUUAAAAAUAGCGACAAAUUGUAAAAUGCAAUCAUUUUGAAUGAUUAAAGCGAUAUUUUGAUUUUGUGGUUUUAUUUUUAUUUUUCAUAAAGUGUUGUUUGAUAAUAAUUUGAUACAAAAACUAAUUCCACACAGAAGAUUUGAAUAUUUCGAUCAUUUCAAAAGCACUUUACAUUUGCAACACAAGAGCUGACAAUGGAAAAUCACAAUAAACAAUGUUUGUUUUAAACGUCCGUUGAAUGUUUUUCUCUGUUCUCGAAGGUGAAAGGGGGGUUUUUAGUGGUGCAUGGGUACAUUUUUAUAUUUAAACAUAUCAGAAGAAUAAAUGACUGCUGAAAAAAAAACAUAAAUGAAAGCCACUGCAGCUAAAAGAUGUUCAUCUUAUCUCUGUUUUCCAUCAUUCUGUUCAAUGAAACAAAAUGUCGCCGCCUGAAUUUAAAAGAUGUGCUUUGUUUUUUUUUAUUAUGAAUGAAAUGGGAAUAAAUAAAGAGGUAAAAGAG